CCCCCUCACUGUACCUUGCACAGGUGGGCAUGCUCAAGCAAUACUGUCUGAGGGAUUAGCCAUUGUCACCUCUGCAGAUGGCACCUGGAGACCCGGCCCGUGCCAGUGGCAACGACACCCCAGUCACCCAGUUCAUCUUGCUGGGAUUCUCCAAGUAUCCAGACCUCCAGGAGCUUUUCUUUGGAGGCUUCCUGCUCAUCUACGCCUUGACAGUGGUGGGCAACCUGGGAAUGAUGGCACUCAUCUUCACAGACUCCCGUCUCCAUAGCCCCAUGUACUUCUUUCUCAGUGUCCUCUCUUUUCUUGAUAUGUGUUACUCGUCUGUGGUCACACCCAAGCUGUUGGCCGAUCUUCUGGUCUCGGACAAGUCCAUCUCUUUCGAGGGCUGUGUGGUCCAGAUGACCUUCUUCGUGAUGCAUGCGACCGCAGAGAGCUUCCUUCUGGCCUCCAUGGCCUAUGACCGCUACAUGGCCAUCGGCCGACCCCUCCAUUAUGGCUCCAUCAUGACCAAGGAAACCUGUCUCCAGCUAGUGGCUGCUUCCUACGCAUUUGGUGGCGCUAACUCUGCUAUUCAGACAGGGAAUGUCUUCUCUCUGCCUUUCUGUGGGCCUAACCAGGUAGCACACUACUUCUGUGACAUCCAGCCCCUCCUCCGCCUGGCUUGUGCCAACACAGCCGUGGCAGGAGUGGUCCUCUAUAUCUUCUCUGCUCUGGUUACCUUUCUGCCGGCUGCCCUCAUCCUCACCUCCUACAGUUCAGUCUUGGUGGCCAUUGGGAGGAUGCGCUCAGCAGCUGGGAGGGAGAAGGCCCUCUCUACCUGUGCCUCCCACUUCCUGGCCAUUGCCCUCUUCUAUAGCACUGUGAUUUUCACCUACGUCCAGCCGCAUGGAUCCACGAAUGAUGCCAGUGGCCAAGUCGUGUCUGUCUUCUACACCAUCAUAACCCCCAUGCUCAACCCCUUCAUCUACAGCCUCCGCAACAAGGAGGUGAAGGAUGCCCUGCAGAGGAAGCUCCGGAUCAAGCUCUUUCCCUGCUGA